UCACUGUUAUUUUCACUUUUCUUGAACAUGUUAAACAUAAAGUCUCAUUGGCUUGUAAGUGUUUGAUACUUACUUUUUUAUUGGAACAAAAGGAAAAGGAGAAUAAAAUGGAUAAUAAGGAGGUGAUAAUUGUAGCACUAGAUGCUAGUAAAGAAAUUACUGAUUAUGCAUUACAAUGGGCUGUCCGCAAUGUUAUAACCAGAGCUAUGGAUUCUGUAAUCAUACUUGCAAUUCUUCCUUGUCAUGGAAAUGCUCCAACUUCUGCAAGCAAGACUAAUAGCUUCAUUUCUUGCCUGCUAAGGAAAUGGGGUCAUGGGCAUAGGCAAGAAAAGAAAAGUUCAUCGGCCAGUAACGAUUUCAAACGUAACGCAGUUUCCCAGGAUUCCUUUCGGCAAAUAAAUGAUGUUUGUGUAGAUAUGAUGCAGCAACUGUGUUUGAUCCAUAAUAAGCAGGUUCAUACUCGAAUAAAAGUUGUAGCUGAUGCAGAGCUGGGAUCAGUGGCCACAGAAGCCAUGGAAGUAGAGGCAACCUGGGUAAUUCUAGAUAGACGCUUGAAGAAAGAAAGUGAUUGCUGCCUGAAACAAUUAAGCUGCAACAUUGUAAUCAUAGACCAAGCCGUUCCGGAGCUUCUUAGAGCAGUUAACCCUCUAGCAAGAAAAAGACUUGGUCAGAGUACAGAUCGAAGUGAUCAGAACAAGAUUGGGAUGCCGCCCCGUUGCACUAGCAAUUACAAGACCGGGACAAGCAGAAGCAGUAUUACCUUUGGCACAGAGUCUUCAAUGUCUUUGUCAAGUCCAGGAAAAGAACAGUUCAACAAGAUUAGUAGUCCUUGCACCACUAAGUCCAAAUCCGACAUCCCCAUUCUUCGUUUGAAUUCUAAAUAUUUCCAUCGAGAAGUUGAAGUGCAAAGUAUAUUCAGCCUCUCACCUUAUAAUUGUAGUAAAAAUGAUAUUUUAUCAGGUUUUAACAUUGGUGACUCGCCCCGCAAGUCAUCUGCAAGUUCCUUAGAUGGCAAAGUAAAAAGCUAUAAUAGCCUUUUGAAGGCUAAAAGUGAUAUGGAAAACAUUAGUGAUCUGAAAGCAAUAAAGAAAGUAUCAGUUCCAGCAAGAAGAUCAGCAGACUCACCACGCCUGUUCCGAAAGUCAGAGAGCCCGAAUCAACUCCCUAAUAGAAAGUAUUCCACGUCUAGUCUUGGAGAAGAAAAGGCUGCAUCCCCCUCUUCCCCGAGUAUCAGUCAAAGAACUUCCAGUAUCAGAAAGGCUAUGUCUCUUUCCAUCAAGCACCCACCAACACCCCCACCACUCUGCUCCAUUUGCAAGAAUAAUGCACCUAUUUUCGGAAAGGCACCAAGGAAGUUCACUUACAGGGAGAUAGAAAAAGCAACUGAUGGAUUCUCAAGUGAUAAUCUUUUAGCAGACGGUGGAUAUGGCUUGGUAUUUAAAGGAAUAUUGGAUGAUGGACAAGUUGUUGCAGUGAAGCAGCACAAGAGAUUAAGUGCACAAGGAGCAUCCGAAUUUUGCUCAGAGGUUGAAAUAUUGAGCUGUGCACAGCACAGGAAUUUGGUGAUGUUGAUUGGAUAUUGCAUUGAGAUAGAGUGGCUCCUUAUUUAUGAGUUCGCUUGCAAUGGUUCCUUAGAUAAGCAUCUGUAUGGAAAUGAAACGAACAAGGUUUUGGCUUGGGAUAAUAGAAUGAAGGUUGCAGUAGGAACUGCUAGAGGUCUGAGAUAUCUUCACGAAGAUUGCAGAGUGGGAUGCAUUGUACAUAGAGAUUUCAGACCCAGCAAUAUCCUUGUUACACAUGACUUUGAACCCAUGGUAGGGGAUUUUGGUCUAGCAAGAUGGCAAGCUGAUGGGCAGCGUGCUGAGGAAACGCGCGUUAUUGGUGCUUUUGGGUAUUUAGCUCCUGAGUAUACACAAACUGGGCUUAUAACAGAAAAAGCUGAUGUUUAUGCAUUUGGGGUUGUUUUGCUGGAGCUCUUGUCUGGCAUUAAAGCAACCGACUUUUCAAGAACCACAGGACAGCAAUUUGUGCAAGAAUGGGGUUGUCCAUUGCUUGAGAAGAAGAUGAUCAAUGAGAUAAUAGACCCUCAAUUGAAACAAAACUAUGCGGAGAAUGAGGUACAGUACAUGAUGUAUGCUGCCAGCUUAUGCAUCUCGCCAAAUCCUGAAAAAAGACCUAGGAUGUCCAAGGUUCUGAAAAUAUUGGAGGGUGACAUUUCCACUGACUUGGCUUACAAUCAUGGACCACAUGCUCCUAAUUAUCCAAAGCAAUAUGUGAAUGACAUCUAUGGUGCAGACAAUCUAAUGACUUCGCCCCAUGAUCAUAGCCCUUCUUCUCUUCUGAUGCAGUCAAUGAAUAAUAUGAACCUGAGUCCACCCAAAACAAGUUUGGACAGGAAUAAUGGCAUGAAUAGCACAUUCAGGACAUUAGGACCCCUUGAAGAAUAUAAAACAGUGAGGGGAAGAGCAUCUUUACAACAUGAAUCAAACGUUAGUGAAGAAUACGAAGCAUAUUUACAAGGCUCACUGGCCAAAUUUGUUCACAACUUUAAAUGAGCAUUGGAAAAUUAUGAGCCUUUUGUAGGUAAACUGUUUUUUCAUCUUCCAAUUGUAAAAGAUAUGCGUAGUAUACAAAAUUUAUCUUUCAGGAAAGUAUGAAUGAACCAGCAGUCUCGUGUUCGUCUACACCUAAUUUUUGU